GAGAAACCUAUCACAGUACAGAACUCCUGUUGAACCUGUCUGAUCAGUGACAACUGUGCUCAAAGAAGCAUGGAUUCAUCCAACUUCACUGCUGUAGACGUGCCUUCAGAUGCAGUGGGCAAAAGCACCACCAGUAAGAUCCUCCUUUCUCUCACAUUGUCCCUGCUGGCUGUGAUAACUACUGGCAUCAACUCCCUGGUCAUUACCGCCAUCAUGGUUACCCGCAAGUUACACCACCCCGCCAACUAUCUCAUCUGCUCCCUGGCUGUCACGGACCUCCUGGUGGCCAUCCUGGUGAUGCCCUUCAGCAUCGUGUACAUCGUCAAGGAGACCUGGAUCAUGGGUCAGGUGGUGUGCAACAUCUGGCUGGGUGUGGACAUCACCUGCUGCACCUGCUCCAUCCUGCACCUGGCGGCCAUCGCCCUGGACCGCUACCAGGCCAUCACGGACGCUGUGGAGUACUCCCGCAAGCGGACCUCGGGGCGGGCCGCCGUCAUGAUCGCCGCCGUUUGGGUGAUCUCGGUCUUCAUCUCCCUCCCCCCGCUGGUCUGGAGGCAGCAGGGGGGGGACGGGGACGACGAGUGCAUGAUCAAGCACGACCACAUCGCGUUCACCAUCUACUGCACCUUCGGUGCCUUCUACAUCCCUCUCACUCUCAUCCUCAUUCUGUACUACAAGAUCUACCGCGCGGCAAAGACUCUCUACCACAAGAGGGGUGCGAGCCGCCUCACGAAGCACGAAAUGAACGGAAGCAUGCUGCCCACGUGCUCAGAAAGGGACCUCCAGAGCCCUGACACCGUUGGCCCGUUGGAUAAGUCCUUCUCGGAGCCAUCCACUGAAGGGGACCGUGCCCGCAGCACCAUCAAGAGCCUGACGUCCGAGUCCCGUAGGGAGAAGUCCUUCAGGGGGCAGUGGAUCUCCGUCCCCAGGGAGAAGAGGGCGGCCACCAUGCUGGGCCUGAUCCUGGGAGCCUUCGUCAUCUGCUGGCUGCCCUUCUUCCUGAAGGAGGUGAUCGUGAACACCUGCGCCUCCUGCAGGAUUUCUGUGGAAAUGGCCGACUUCCUGACCUGGCUGGGGUACCUCAACUCCCUCAUUAACCCCCUCAUCUAUACGGUCUUCAAUGAGGACUUUAAAAAGGCCUUUCAAAAACUUGUCAAGUGCAGACAUUACAUCUAA